CCGCUCCACAGUCGCAACCGAAUCGCCAGGGUAGUUCGAUUUCGAGUCAAAAAAGCUCCUCGCUCGCCGCCGUUUCGGGCGUUGUUCUUGCAGAAAUCGCGCCAGUGCACCCGUCUCGACGCCGCCAUUCCGCUUCGGUCUUGAUGUCGCCCCAGUGAACCCGGUGCCAAUUCCGACGACAGCGCCGAGCGGCGAUUAUUCUCUCUCCCGUCCGGCCGUUCCGCGAAAUCCGUCAAGCUGUGGGGCGCCGGCGCUUUUUUCCUUCCCCAUCAGGGGAUGUACUACCCGCACAUGGUCCAGACGGGCAUGACAGCGCCGUUCCCGGGGGCGGCGGCCGCCACCCCGGCAGGUUACCCGGCCCAGAACGGCGAAGUGAAGGCCGGCACGGAGGAGAAACCGGCCGUUCCCGGUCUCCUGCCGCCGCCGGCGGGCGCCCCGGCGCCCGGCGCCGGACCGCCUUUCAGUCCGCCGCCUCCGCAGCCGCCUUCCACCGCCGAACCGCCCGCCAGCAUAGCCUGCGGACAGGCCGCUCAGACGAAGACCACCUUCAAUUGCGAACAGGCCAAGCCGGAAACUGAAAAUGGACCUUCGGCGCCGCCUCCGACGUCGGAACCAUCGGACGGUACCAAUUCGUCGGCAACGCAGGCAGCUACGGAAUUAUCAAAAAACCAGCCCAAGAGGUUGCACGUUUCGAACAUUCCAUUCAGAUUUAGGGACCCGGAUCUUAGAGCAAUGUUCGGCCAAUUUGGCCCAAUUUUAGAUGUAGAAAUAAUUUUUAAUGAACGAGGUUCCAAGGGUUUCGGUUUUGUAACAUUCGCAAAUAGUGCUGAUGCGGAGCGCGCACGAGACCGACUACAUGGCACCGUGGUUGAGGGAAGAAAAAUAGAGGUUAAUAAUGCAACUGCUAGAGUACAAACGAAGAAACCUCCGGCUCUACCCGCAGUGCCGGUAAUCCAAUGGUCAGACGCGACUUUGAGGGCGGGAGUGGCGGCGAUCCAGCGCGGCCGAGCAAGGGCGGCUUACCCGGCAGCGGCGGCGGCGGCGGCGGCCGCCGCCUUCGCCCGGCAUCCCGCCCCACUGACGGCGGGCGCCCUGCACGGCUACACGCCCGUCAUAAACACCCUGCCGAUGGACGGAAGCGUCUAUUACGAUCCAUUCCUGACGGCCCAUCCAGCCGAUCCCAAUUACACCAGAUUGCAGGCAGCAGCAGCGGCAGCCGCGGCGACGCCGCUCCUGAAAACGCCGCUGUCGACCGCCCAGCAGGCCAGCUACGCCGCCGCCGCCACCUACACCGCGGUGGCGGCGAGAUACGGCGCGGCGGCGGCGGCCCAGCCGGUCGCCGGCUACGCGGCCGUCGCCGGCUACGGCAGGGACUACGCGGAUCCGUAUUUGGGCGCCGGCAUCGGCCCCAUGGCCGGAUACGGGGCCGCUGUGUAUCGUAGCGGUUACAACCGCUUCACGCCCUACUGAACAUAUCAGCAGCUCCGUAAGGCCUAAGCAACCUAAAUACUCAAAAAAAAAACAAAUAAGGAUAACAAAACUAUUCGUUAAUAAUUGUCUUGUGUUACGUAGCACAAUGCAGCACAAACAAACUAUGAUUUUAUGGAUUCAAACAAUACAAGAAGCCAAAGAGCUGAAUAAUAUAAUAAAUAAACAAAAAAAACAAGUAAAGAACUCACACUAACGUAUAAAGCCCAUGUGAUAGCCCGACAAAAGCUAACCCAGCUCUCUAACGUUUAAGCAUUAGUAAUUUUUUUUUCGUUUUUGUACGGAACUCGGCGUUUCCGUUCGCUUGUACUCGACUCGUAUAAUUGUAUUGUUAAGUGGACCACUCGGUGCUUAAUUGGACCACGAAAUUUUGAGCUUUACCUUUGAGAAAAUCCCCACCGAAACCGAGGAUCGUUUGUUAACGAUGAAUCUCGUCAUAAUCCCGGUGUCGUUUGAACAAAACUAAACGAAUACUCCUUGAUAUUAUUUAUUUCUCUGCGGUAGAUACAAAUUCGCAGUGGCUCAAUGACGAUUCUCGGUUUCAUUGGGGGUUUUCUGUUGUGGUGAUGGAGGGGAUUAUACGAGAUAAGGGUAGGCAACCCGUUCUGCAGCACUCUCGCCUCCAACGGGGUGUUCUAAUCCUCUCCGUCGACGCGCUGAAUUGUCUGGAAAAUUAGCGGAAACACCUUGUAUAAUUGUAUUCCCGUUAAAUUCGUCGGAAACGGAUCAUUUAUUAAGCGUAGAAUAGAUGAUGUUAAUUCUUUUUGUAGCGAUUAGCUGAAAUUGUAGCGAACGAUUUGUUAGAUAAUUAGUAAAACGUAUUGCUAUUUCGAAUCGUCUUGACUUAUUUAUUUUAUGUUAAAAGUUUUUAAGCACAUUUAUGACAAAAAUUUGAGUAAGCUGCAACUUGAAGUGAUAUAUGAAAAAGAGUUCAAUACUUUUGUAUGAUAAAUCCGUUCAAAAUUUUGUUCAAUAUCUUGUUUUGAAUACAGGGUGUCCACAAAACUAUUUGAAGAAUUCAUCUUGUUAAUACUGUAGAGAAUAAAGCAUAAUUUGCACGUAAGAAGAGUAGGUUGUGAUAAAAUAUUUUGGAGACACCCUGUAUUUACAAUGAUAUACCUGGAGGUCUUCCUAAGUUUUCGUUGUCUUCCAGUGCAUUCUUCAGGUGCUUGACACGAGGAAAUUCUCGAGUGUAAUUUUCGUUCGAAUUAACUAUUUUUUUAUUAAUUAUUUUAUUAUUUUUGUCGAAAAUAUUGGGCUCUUAUUAAUUCGUGUAUUUUGAAAUCCACAUCACUUGACAUACUGUUUAUGUACCAGCCUUUUUUAUAAUUUUAUUUGGAGCCUUUGUCGGUAAAUAGUUAGUAGUAAUCUUUUUCUUCGUCUAUAUACUAACGUUUUAUUCUAUUCUAUACGAUCGUGAAUACUCGAUUGAUCUAAAAACAAAAAACACGCGAGGAAUCCUCUUCCUCCGCAUUGUAAAAACCACAAGAAUACUCUUCACUAAUGAUAUUUCCCUUCGAAUUAGACGUAACUAAUUUAAAUAAUGUUAGAAAAGGUGCUAUCCAGAUCGAUUGAGCAACCAAUUCAUCUAUCGAUUCUGCGAAGCUGUACAGUUUACCAAAGGUUACAAGUAAAAAGUUUACAUCAAGUGUAAUUUAUAAGACACAUUAACGAAAUACUCUUUGCUUAUUUGUGCUAUAUUUGCCACAAAGCCAUAUUUAUUUUCACGGACACAGUCUCAAAUCGAUUACCAUAGAAUCGAUUGUUCGCAAAAUUAUUCGUUAUUUCAACGAAACAAUAGACAAAAAAUUAAACCUCUGUACGUAAAUAUGAUUUUCACUGCCUAAUCAUCACUGUAAAAUUCUCAUUUGGUCGACUAACAAUUAAUAGACAGAAUAAUUUGUCGACUUACAGUUAGUAGACAGAACAAUUGAGAAUAAACAGUUAAUUUACAGGACUUGAUUUUGUUACGAAAUUAACAGUGCCAAAUGAUUUGCGAAUAUAUUUAUUUCUAUAUUAAUCAAUUUGAUGUUGUUUUCAAGUUAUGGUCAGUAAUUAAGUUUGUUUUAUUUUUAGAAUUACGUUAGAAUCACAACAAAGACAUUGAUAUUAUGAAUGAAUUUAGUUUUAGUUGUUAAGUAUACAUUUACACUCUGACUGGUAGACGUAACGUUUAUUGUAAUAUAUUUUCUAUAUGUAGUUAUUAAAAUUCGUCGAGUACGAGUGGAAUGGAAGCGAAUUUUCGUUUUUUUCUUUUUUCAUUAGUGUUUAAUUGUAAUUGUAAUUUUGUUUUCGAUUUAUGAUCUAUUUUGAUACUCUUAAUUUUAGGUAGACGGUUAAAGUCUGCAUUACAUAUCGACUAUACAGUUAGCUCUCUAGAUAUGUACAGAUCUUUCGUUUUCAGCAAUUCGUUUAUAUAAUAUACAUAUUAUAUAUAUUUUUUGUGAAGUUGACGGAUGUAUUUUCGCAUAAUUUUCAUCGAUUUUUUUAGAUAUUCUCUUAUUUAUCAACUCGAAAUUUUUAUUGGAAUAUUAAAAUCAAGUGUUCUUUAUUUUAAAUCGAUUGUAUUUGUUCGUUAUUGUUACAAAUUCGCUGGAAAUGCAUCCCACCGAUUGAAGCCAAUAUUUCUCUAGUCGCUGUAUAUAUCCCAUACACGUACAAAUCAUCCCAUCUACUUGUUCUAUUGGUUGUGUUUAAAUCGUUUGUCACGUUUCUCGUAGAUGGGCAACUGAUGAGAAUCGGAGAAGAGGUCGAUUACAAUUGAUUUUUCCAAGCGAUCUUUGGCGCACGAGGAAGAUUUUCAUUGUAUUAUUGCCAUUCCCGUUAGUAUUAGUACGAAAUUCGUUUUUCAUUUACCUCUAUUUCAUUAAACACCUUGUACAUUUGAACUUUACCUGACGGUAACCUCUUCACUUCAAUAGAUUUUAUUUUGAAUAUUCCUCCACCGAUUUCUAUACCAUCUGGCCACGACUUCUCUUUGUAUUCGGAGACAUUUUAGAUCUUUUAUACAGUUAAGUGGAAAAAGUUUCAAAGCACAAAUAUAAUGUUACAUGUAUGCAGUUGUUAUUUUUACGUUCCACGGUUUAUUUGAAGUUAACAGAUUUCCUUUCAGGUGAUACGAGUGGUGAUUGUGUAUGUGGCAAUUAAAAUGAAAUAAAGAAAUUGAUAAGGC